CUGCUCCUCGCCGCCGCCAAGUUUUUCGACUGCGCAACAAUUCCACGCGACAAUCACCGACGAGGAUACCUCUCUUUCUGUCUCUCUCUCUCUCUCUCCGCCUUCCUCCCCCCUGGAAACCUGAAGACGGCGUCGGUAUCCCGCAGUGGGUGUGCGAUUGCUCCAACCGAACCCGCCCCCCGUGCCGAAAUCGACAAGCACCACAACGUCCACGAUCACCCACCAUACGAGAGGGACCGACCGACCGAACUUGCCGUUGACAGGAGAGAAGCUGGUGUAACUGCGACAGGCAGCAUUCGCAAAUGUCUGUCGCUGACCGCAUCGUCAGCUACUUCGCCCCUGCCGACAACAGUGCGCAAACGAUCAAGGAGGGUUUCUCGGUCUCGAGCCCGGCGGCGGCGGCCUCGUCCGGAGAGGAUAGACAUGAGGGACAGACGGGAGGACUUUUGCCGGAUAUCAGAAUCAAUAGACAGUCGUUCGGACAGGACAUGAUCUCGGAGGAGGAUGACUCAUUCGAAGAAGAAGGCCGCCCGCCUUACCUCCAUGCUAUGAUAGCCGGGGGUCUCGGCGGGUCGACGGGAGACAUGCUCAUGCACUCUCUGGACACGGUCAAGACGCGCCAACAGGGCGACCCGCACAUCCCGCCGAAGUAUACGUCCCUCGGCUCGUCCUAUCACACGAUAUGGAGGCAAGAAGGCAUCAGACGAGGUCUCUAUGGCGGGUGGGUACCGGCACUGAGUGGCUCGCUCCCGGGCACCAUGUUAUUUUUCGGCACAUACGAAUGGAGCAAGCGGUUUCUCAUUGAACACGGCCUACAGCACCACUUGUCCUAUCUAACAGCCGGUUUCCUUGGAGACUUGGCCGGCUCCGUCGUCUACGUCCCGUCCGAAGUGUUGAAGACCCGCAUGCAGUUGCAGGGACGUUACAACAACCCCUACUUCAAGUCGGGAUACAACUACAGAGGCACGGUCGAUGCUGCGCGGACAAUUGUCCGCCACGAGGGGCUUUCUGCGCUGUUCCACGGUUACCAAGCGACGCUCUAUCGCGACCUCCCGUUUUCGGCGCUCCAGUUCAUGUUUUGGGAACAGUUCCACGCCUGGGCCCGUACCUACAAGCAGAGCAGGGAUGUCGGUGUACCGCUGGAGCUCUUGACUGGUGGUCUCGCCGGAAGCUUGGCUGGCGUUAUGACAUGUCCCCUAGACGUCGUCAAGACGCGGCUGCAGACCCAAGUGCACCCUGACCUGUUACCAAAAGAGAGUAAAGCGGCGGCCAAGACUACCACGCAUGCUUCGACGUCAAAAUCACAGAUGCGCAACAUAUCUACGUCAUCUCCGUCAACACAUACUCCUCGCCCCGGCGCGGUGAACCUGCAGACCUCGUCCGUCAUCCAGGGCCUCAAGGUCAUAUACCAGACGGAGGGGCUCAGCGGAUGGUUCAGGGGCGUGGGCCCUCGUGGCGUAUGGACCUUCAUUCAGAGCGGCACAAUGCUGUUCUUGUACCAACGUAUCCUUAAACAGUUAGAGGUUUGGAACCCUCCUGUGGAAGCGCAACGGGAGCAUGCCAUUUAGGGGAGGGCUGUCGGUCAGGUCAUGGAGGGCUGGGGUGUAACAAUUUACCAGGACUUGGGAUGGAGAAAAAGUAUUGUACAAAACAACACUGUCUGUACACUUUGUAAGGAUAAGCAUGGGGACUGGCGUUUGACGGCAUCGUAGAUGGACACAAUGUCCAAUAGAGAAAGCUGAUAGAGAGAAAGACAAGUCUCAUUUCAAAUG